AUAUAUAUAUAUAUAUAUAUAUAUAUAUAGAUAGAUACGGGAGGAUCUGAGAAAAAUGGGAAUAGAUCCGAGACAGAUAGUGGCAGGGGUACUUACAGUCACCAUGUUUCUGAUGCUUGGUAACAUGGUUAAGCGUCAACAUUUUGAUGCUCCUAUUUCUCAUCAUGUCAACCAUGCCGGAUCUACCCAAGCUUUCGAAGACACCAAGGAUUCGGAUAAAAGCCUUGCAGUUGAUGGCGAUGGCGAUGGCCCAUGGAAGGAGGAAAGUUCUGGUCUCAAGCCUUGUUGGUCUAAGCCAGGUUUUGAAGAGGAUGAAGAUUCUAAAGGGUUCGUCACUUUCUCAUUAACCAAUGGACCCGAAUACCAUGUUUCUCAGAUUACGGAUGCAGUGGUAGUGGCAAGAUACCUCAGGGCAACACUUGUGAUUCCCGACAUAAGGGGAAGCCAACCUGGUGACUGGAGGAACUUUGGAGAUAUUUACGACAUUGAGAAGUUUGUAAGCAGCCUGGAGGGAGUGGUGAAAGUAGUAAAAUCACAGCCUUCCGAGUUAUCAUCAAAGAAUCUCGCUGUUCUAAGGAUUCCCAAUAGAGUUACAGAUGAGUACAUCGCAGAAAACAUCGAACCAGUUUUCAAAAGCAAAGGAAACGUAAGAGUAGCGACGUACUUCCCUUCAGUGAACAUGAAAAAGGGUAAAAUCGAGCAAGAAAAAGAGAGAAACUCGGUCGGAUGUUUAGCCAUGUUUGGAACGCUUGAACUCCAACCAGAAGUCCGGGAGGUGGUUGACUCAAUGGUGGACCGGCUCAAAACGUUGAGUCGGAAGUCCGACGGGCAGUUUGUGGCGGUGGAUGUGAGACUUGAUAUGUUGGACAACAAGGGGUGCCAAGGAAAUGGCGAUGGAUCUAAAAAAUGCUAUGGCCCACAAGAGAUCGCAAUGUUUUUGAGAAAAUUAGGGUUUGAUAAGAACAGUGCUAUAUAUAUGACACAAUCACGAUGGGACAACAGUCUUGAUGCUAUCAAAGACCUCUUCCCAAAAACAUACACAAAGGAAGGAAUAAUGCCAAUGGAGAAGAAGCAAAAGUAUUUGGGAACGGAUGCUUCCGAGUAUGAGAAGGUGAUAGAUUUCUACGUAUGUUCAGAGAGUGAUGUAUUCGUGCCAGCAAUUUCAGGGUUGUUUUAUGCAAAUGUUGCUGGAAAGAGAAUAGGAUCAGGGAAGACACGAAUAUUGGUUCCUGCAAAUAUUCCUUCUGAUGCGUCUGUUUCUUUGGGAAGUUAUGUUUCGCGUUAUGUAUCAAAGAAGAACCAUAUGGCGUAUUCCUGUUUCUGCUGA